CGAUGCCCCAUCAAAUAUUAAUACAACGCUCAGUGCCUCUGUGCCCUGCCCCAGCACUGCAUCCCUGGCCCCUGCCCUCUCCAGGGCUGCCCUACCACUCUGGCCUCCCCUCCCACCCCGUAUUGCUCAUUCCUCCACACACAGGGACUUUGGGGGUGCAGCUGCACCCACCUUUGGGUGUUCCCUGAGCAGGGCAGGGCAGGCAGGACCAGGCUCCCUAACCUCGGCAGGGGUCCCCAGCGGCCAGUUCAGCCCCACACAGCAGGAGGAGGCCAGUGCCUCUGCUCCCAGCAGCCACUCGGCCCUGCGGGGGAUGGAGCCCAGCAGGUUGGUGCCGGCGGAGCUGAAGUUGCGCAAGCCCUCGCAGCGGGCCAGGAUCCCAGAGCCCUUCCUCGCCCACCCGGACGGGGUGGCUGGGACAGCGGGGCCCCCCGGGCCGGACCCUGCGGAGGGGGACGUGGACUCCCUUGUGCCCACGCACGACGAGCGGGGCCGGCUCAUCCCUGAGUGGAAGCGGCAGGUGAUGGUGCGGCGGCUGCGGGCCCGACUGCGGGACGAGACGGCGGGAGGGCAGGUAGGAGGGGCGCGGGGCGGGAAGGGGGAUGCGAGCUCCUGGAGCUUCUCGCCCUCCCACCAAGCCAUGCUGGGUCCCUUCGGGGAGCUGCUGACCGAGGCGGACCUGCAUCAGCUGGAGAGGGCGGUGGAGAGCCUGCGGCUGCGGCGACGCGGCGAGGUGUACCAGAGCGAGCUGCGGCGCCUGGCGCGGGAGCUACGCGCCCUCUUGCCCGGCCCGCUGCUCAGCAUCUCCAUCCGCAGCCCCCCGCCCGCCCCCGGGCAGCCCCUGCCCCUCUGGUGCGGCCGCCUGGCCGGCGCCGUCAGCAGCCUGGCCGCGCUGCUGGGCCACGCCGAGGGGGUGUGGGGGUCCCGCGCUGUCGCCGCCGCCCCUACAGCUGACCCCGCUCCCCUUGCCGCCGACGGACAGUGCCGGGAGCCGGCGGGCAGCCUGGCACAGCGGGAGAUCCGGCAAUGUGGAGUCUGCGUCCGCAGCUUGCGCGGCGCCUUCGAGCCCGCCUGGGGGGCGGCGGGGGCCCCGCCGGCCGGGGGCGGCGAGACGGAGGCCGCAAGCGACUCGGGUAUUAGCUGCGAGGAGGCGUUUUCUGACGGCGGCGGCUCGGGGCUGGGGCCGGGGCCGGUGUGCGGCAGCCUGAGGAAGGAACGGAUCGUGAUGCUCUUCCUGAGCCACUGGAGACGCUCCGCGUACGCGCCUCCCCAGCCCGCCGCCGGGGACCCUCGGGAGAAGGCGGGGAGUGGGCCGAGGGGGGCGGCCCGCCUGGAGCGGCAGCGGGUGGCCAUUCAGAGGCUCCUGAGCGCCUGGCGGGACGUCGCCUCCCGCCGCCCGCCGCCGCCGCCCCCCGUCCGUGCCCUGCUGUCACCAGAGCAGUUCGUGGCGGCGGCGGGGGGCGGCCCGGCCGAGUACGAGAGCUUGUCGCUGGAGAUGUUCAUGCUGGGCUAUUUCCGCAUCUUGGAGCAGGAGCUGCCCCCCGAAGAGCGCCGCGGCCGCCACCUGCUCUGCUUCGAGGUGUUCGAGCAGCUGGGACGGCACGGCUGGCGGGCGGUGCGCGCCUUCCACCGCGCCGUCACCGACGAGAUCGCGGCUGGGAGGCGCAGCUGGCGCGACAGCUUCGACGACAUCAAGGCACGGUACUUCGGGUCCUCGCAGAGCCCGGCCCGGCGGCCGGGGGAGGCCAGGGAGGAGGGGGAGGAGAUUUGCCGCUACAUCGAUCGCAGCUUCGCCUUUUGGAAGGAGAGAGAGGCCGAGAUCUUCAGCCUGGAGGACUGAUGCCGGCGGGC